GAACUAAAUUUUAUGUGUGAAUAAAUAUUGCCCCUCAAUUCUUCGGUGCCCAUUAUGUCCUUGGUGACCAAUUUCUUAAAGUGUUUCUCUGGAGGUGGUUUCAGAAAGCCGGUCCUCAAUAUCUUAGCCCAUCAGCUCAGAAGAAACUACUCAGAUACUCCUAAAGCGGAUCCAGAUUCCAAGCAAGUGACGGUGCAGGGCGCCGAGAGUGAGGAGCGAGUUCGGGUUCGUCGCGCACGCGCAUCUGAUGUCCCGCGCGUGCUGCGUUUCGUCCGGGAACAUGCCCGAACAGCAUGGCCGGGCCUGGCGGCGCCACCUAGCGGGUCGCACCUGAUACUGGCUGACUAUGUUGCCAGGGCCCUCGCUCAAGGGCACUCCAUGCUGGCUGAGCAGCAAGAGGCUCGUCGUGGGUGGGGCACCGUCCGAGGGUUAGCUCUGGGGACUUCCAUCUGCCCCUGGGACGCGGCAAUGCUGGAGCGAUGGGCGCGGUGCGUGCGCUGCACCAGAUCACGGCGACUCAUGCAUUUCACCGCACAUUGCCUGCGCGCACCCGCUUUGCAUGAUAAAUAUAAUGUGCAUAAAAUUCUACAGAUAUCCUUGAUAGUGCCGUUGGACGCUCCAAAGAGAUCUGAGAUCAUCAAUGUGCUCGCUAAGAAUGCCAUUCAGCGCGGAAGAGACGUGGGUUUCCAGGUCAUCAGGUUCGACACCUGCGACAGUAUCAUAGCACAAUCGUUGGAGCAAAUGGAUCUGAAGAAAGAAUGGCAGUUUGCGUACGACAUUUAUCCUGAUUCUAUAAAAGAAAUGACUGAUAAACCCCAGAAAACUGAAUCCAAUACUAUGGAAGGCAGUACUGAUGGACCUCCAAAAAAUGAAAAGCAAAUGUCUAAUUUUAUUGCAGUUUACACCUCACACACUCAAGCAUCGAAAGCUGAUCAAACUUGA